AUGGCCGAUGAUCGCAAGGACCCCAAGCCUGCCAGCCCCCUGGGCGGCAAGUUUGUGCCUAUCCGCAUCACCGAUGACAUGGCCCCCGAGGUCCAGGAGUACCUGCUCAAGAACGGCCUCGGUACUCGUGCCAUCAGCCUCCCCCAGUCUCUCGGCGCUGGUCCCCCGCCCAGACUGUCGCACAAGCCGUAUGACUUCGAGGACUGGCAGAAGCAGUUUGCCCGGUUUGCUGAUGCUGACUUGACUUUCCACAGAUACGACUACCUUUUCAAGCUGCUGCUGAUCGGUGACUCGGGUGUCGGCAAGUCCUGCUUGCUGCUCCGUUUCGCUGACGACACCUAUACCGAGUCCUACAUCUCCACCAUCGGCGUCGAUUUCAAAAUCCGCACUAUUGAGCUCGAUGGUAAGACCGUCAAGCUUCAGAUCUGGGACACCGCCGGCCAGGAGCGUUUCCGUACCAUCACCUCGUCGUACUACCGUGGUGCCCACGGUAUCUGCGUCGUCUACGAUGUUACCGACAUGGACUCCUUCAACAACGUCAAGCAGUGGCUCCAGGAGAUUGACCGCUACGCCACCGAGGGCGUCAACAAGCUUCUCGUGGGCAACAAGUCCGAUAUGUCGGACAAGAAGGUCGUCGAGUACACUGUCGCCAAGGAGUUCGCCGACAGCUUAGGCAUCCCGUUCUUGGAGACUUCGGCCAAGAACGCCUCCAACGUCGAGCAGGCUUUCCUGACCAUGGCCCGCCAGAUCAAGGAGCGCAUGGGCUCGCAGGCUACCACGAACACCAAGCCCGGCAUCCAGGUCAGCCCCGGCCACAACGUCUCCUCGAACUCUGGCGGUGGCUGCUGCUAA